GUCUGCUCCAGAUUUUGUCUGCUAUUUUUUGAAACUAAAAUCCGGGCAUCCGGUAGAGGCGCUGACUGUCCGCAUCAGUCAUAACAAUUCAUUGUUAGGACAUGGUUAGGACCUGGUGCAUCAUUUGGAAAAGACCAGCACAAUGCCAAAUCGUUGCUUUGUGCCCAAUUGCAAGACUGGUUAUCCAAGCAACAAACCAGCUUCUACACUAUCAUUGUUCGCACCACCCAAGGAUAAAGCUCUCUUCAAACAAUGGGAGCAAUACAUUCCUCGUAAGGAUAUAAAGCUAAAACCAUCAUCAAGAGUGUGUUCCAGACAUUUUGAAGAAGAUGACGUCAUUAAAGGACGCAUGAUAAAAGGGAAGGAUGGAAAAGAAAUCUUCCAUGCGUGGAAGAACUGGACCCUUAAAGAAGGAGCAAUUCCAAGAAUUUUUCAAGAUUGCCCGAGUCAUCUGACAAAGCCAAAACCAGCAGCCAAAAGAAAAUUACCAAAAGAUAGAGAGACUGCUGACGUUAGGAAGCAUAAGAAUGCUAAGCACCUGGAUGAGCCUCAAGAAGACAUUGAUGAUGUAUUCCAGAAUUGUGAAGGGAUGCCAUGGUUGUCUUUUAAUCCGAAAGACUGUCCAUUACCUCCAACUUGGUUUCGGAUUAAUUCCAAAGAUGAGUCUGCGGUCCCACUUUGUGUUCAGUUUGAACUCAUCCCGGGAGAAACAACUGAAUCAAAGUCGGUCCACUUGAAAAACGGGCAGGUUUUUUUGUCCUACAAUUCCAAAGUACUUUAUACUACGUUUCUAAAUCAAGAACAAAAUGAGGAAACACUGUGCCAGCAGUUAGCAAGGAUUAUCAAGAAUUUCGACGAGGCGCACAAAUGCCACGGCAUAAGAGAAGGGCGGUUUGCCAACAUUAAGUUUUGCACUGGAGCUGUCCUUCAAGAUGACACUUGGAGAUCAACCAACUGCAAAACCUUUUUCGACGUAAAUAAUAAGAAUUUCUAUGACUCAAGCUCUCAUUCCCUACCUGAGGACGUCUUGAAAUGGGUACAAAAAACCAUAGAGAUAGGAACACCGGUGUGUUCCGAGUGCUGCACGAUAAGGCGAGCUCUGGUGAAAAAAGUGACUCAGCCGAAUCCUAUUUCAGAAAAAGAAAAACUGACAAAGUUGAGAGCUGAUUAUCGAUUUGCACAGCAAAAACUAGUUCGUAACAAGGAAACCGUGACUAAAAUGGAAAAGGAAAUUGGUACUAUGGAGGCACAGGAGCACAUUUUGAGAAUGGAAAAGCAGAAGAUAGAAGCCGAUUUAAUUGCGAAGGAAGAUAUUAUCAAUCUUCAAGAGGCGGAGCUAUUCAAACUCCGUUAUGGUUUUGCCCAACAAGCCAAUGAAGUGAAAAAAAGUGAAGAGAAGUUUAAAAAGGUUCUUGAUAACCUAAAUCAGAAGGUAUAUUGAUAUGUGCGCUUGCGUAUGUUGGAUGUGAUAGCAUCUAGUAGUUGUUAGCUAGUUUUGCGUAGAAGUAUUCUUCUCAAUAACUUUUCAACAUGGUCUCUGAACUGUUUAUAGGCGAUGAGUUCAUGACGCUGUUUUUUUCAUAUAAGCAUAUUUUUUUUUGUAUUGACAAGAAUUGUUUGUUUUGACAAGAAUUAUUUUUCCCACCAACUUUUUUACAAGUAUUUUUCUAACCAAUUUUUCAAUGUGGUCUGUAAACAGUUCAUUGGCCAUGGUUUAAUCAUGGUCUAUAAACUGUGGUUUAAUGACGCGGUUUCCUU